AUGACCUAUUCAUGCCUAACACAUUAUAAAUCUUUAACAAGUUUUUUAGCUGUUCGUAAUUUAUUUGAAUCCAGUAUUGACCCUAGAAAUAAAAUAACAGAGUUUCUGGGUGUAAAAGGAAUAUUGAAGAUGACAGACAGUACAGAGUUUAUGACUAGAACUCUGUCUGAAACACAACCAUCUACCUGGAUAGAUUCAGAUGAACCAUGUAUUGAUGUAACAGUUUAUGAAAGUGAUGAGAGUAAUUUUACCAAAGGUAACUGUGCCAAGGCAUCAGCUAUUGCUUUAUUCAGUAGAAAGAUUAAACAGUCUCUAGAUUUACUUAGUAAAUAUCAGGGAGAAGAUGAUGCUAUAUUUAAAGCUGUAGCAAUAGCAAUAGCAGGAGUAACUGACAGAAGUUCUCUGUGGAAGAAAACAUGCAAUGAUUUAAGGCAUGGAUUAAAACAACCAUAUUUACGUGGAAUGUUUGCUUUUCUGGUAGCUGAAAAUAAUGACUUUGCCGAUGUAUUGUAUGAUAAAGAGAUUGAUGUUAAAGACAGAGUUGCCUUUGCUUGUAUCUACCUACCAGAUGAUAAGUUACAUAAAUAUUUUGAUGAAUUCUCCAAUAAUCUAAAAGCAAAUGGAGAUUUAAGAGGUUUAUUACUAACAGGAUUUACCAGUGAAGGUGUUGAACUUGUUAGUAGAUUUGUAGAUGUUACGGACGACAUCCAAACUGCAGCUUUAAUAUCAAUAUACUGUUGUCCUAAUUCAUUAGAUAGAAGUGAUUUAGAGAAAGUUAACAUGUGGAUAGAAGGAUAUCGUAGUUUGUUGGACCAAUGGAAACUUUAUCAUAUAAGAGCUAAGUUUGAUAUUAAUAGAACAAAGUUUGAUCCUGGUAUAAGGAAUGCCUCUCAAGUUCAUGUCCGAUGUAAUUUCUGCAGUAAGUCUAUCAAUAGUACUACCACAAUGCAGAUGCAGAGAUCACGUUUACCUGCUGGUAUCAGUAGUCAUGCCAUUCAUAAACCAAAGACAUGUCCCAACUGUCGUAAGUCUUUACCACGCUGUUCUGUAUGUUUGAAUAACCUAGGUACAGCCUCAGGAAUGGGUCAUUUUCACAAUAGAGAUCAGAGAAAUAAGUUAACAAAGUUAGCUGAUUGGUUCACUUGGUGUCAAUCAUGUCGUCAUGGUGGCCACGCCUCUCAUAUCACUACAUGGUUUAGAGAUCAUCUAGAGUGUCCUGUAACAUCUUGUUCAUGUAAAUGUAUGAUAAACUGUAUAAAUGUGAAAAAUGCUGAAGUUAAACUGUAAAAUUGAUUUAUCAAUUUUACAACUCGAAAUAGACCUCAAUAUUUUUACAAUAUUCUUCCAGUUGCUAUCCAAUACGAUUUCUAAAAUAAUUAUUGUUUGAUUGUCUAGAUCCCAUCUUUAUAAUGAGAUGUAGCCUGAAAAUAUAAAAUGUUCCAAUAUUUUGUGAUUGAUUAAAUGAUUGAUACAUGU